UAUGAGUUAUUUCGCUUGCUAGGUCAACUAUUCUCUACCACUUUUCGAUUUCUUUGAUUUUUCCAUUGUUCGAAUAACGUUGGGUUUUCGUAAUAUAAUGCAAUUGUGGUUGUCUUUUGCGGAAUCUGCAGUUGAAGUUUUUAUAAUUGCAUUCUGAGAUUGUUAAAUCUGAUGCCGAAUUGUUUCUACAGUGCAAUGGGUAUGCUAUUCGUGUCUGAAACUGUAAAUAUCAGAGCUUUGUGGCCUGAGGGCAAGGUAUAUGGUUUGAUUGUGUUAAUUGGGACAAUGGGUAGCCAAGCUCCCAUUAACAAAGAUCGAUCAAGAACUUAUUGGACUCCAACAAUGGAGCGUUAUUUUGUAGAUCUCAUGCUUGAACAUAUGAAUUUAGGGAAUAGGGUUGGACAUACAUUCAAUAAACAAGCAUGGAAUGACAUGCUUGCUGUCUUCAAUGCAAAAUUUGGAUCACAAUAUGAUAAAGAUGUACUCAAAAGUCGCUACACAAAUUUAUGGAAGCAGUUUAAUGAUGUCAAGAUUAUGCUUUCCCAAACUGGAUUUUCAUGGGAUGAAACAAGAAACAUGGUGGUUGCAGAUGAUUAUAUUUGGGAUUCUUACAUCAAGGCUCACCCUGAUGCAAGACAAUAUAGGACAAAAGGUGUGCAGAAUUUCAGUGAUUUAUGUUUGAUUUAUGAGCAUACAACUGCUGAUGGAAGAUACAGUCGUUCAAGUCAUGAUAUUGAUAUUGAUGAUGAAGUUAAUGGAGUGAAUUUAGGUGAUGGGAUACAAAGUGUAAUUCCUUCAAAUACUGAGAGAUCAAGAACCGAUUGGACAUCAGAAAUGGACAAUUUUCUCACUGAGUUACUGUUACAUCAAGGGCAAAAAGGUAAUAAACAUGAUAAUUCAUACACCAGAGAAGCAUGGACUGAGAUGCUCACUUCAUUCAAUUCCAAAUUUGGCCCUCAACAUACAAAACGCAUGUUAAGACAUCGAUACAAGAAACUAUCAAAAUAUCAUUCAGAUAUAAUGCUUUUGCUAAAACAAGAUGAUUUUUCAUGGGACACAAAGGAGCAAAAGGUUGUUGCUAAUGAUGAUGUUUGGGAUGCAUACUUAAAGACACAUCCACAAGCAAGAACAUAUAGAACAAAAUCAAUGCCAAAUUAUAAAGAUUUGGAAUUGAUUUUUGGAAGUGAUAUUGUUAAUGGAUCUCAAAAGGAUCUUGAUGAAGACAUUGGAUCAAAGACUGGAAAUGAACGUUCUAGAACAUACUGGACCCCACCAAUGGACCGAUAUUUGGUUGACUUAUUGGUUGACCAUGUAAACAAAGGAAACAAAAUUGGGCAUACAUUUAUUGCUCAAGCUUGGAUUGAAAUGGUGAAAUCAUUCAAUGCCAAUUUCAACUCAAAUCAUGACAAAGAUGUUUUGAAGAAUCGAUACAAACACUUAAAGAGGCAGUACAAUGACAUAAAUACCCUUUUAGGGGAAACUGGCUUUUCUUGGGAUGAUACACGAGAAAUGGUGGUGGCUCAAGAUCAUAUUUGGGAUGCUUACAUCAAGGUACAUCCUGAUGCAAGAUCUUAUAGGGUUAAAAUGGUCUCUAGUUACAAUAAACUGUGUGUUAUUUAUGGUGAAGAUAAUUCUGAGGGGCGUUAUGGUCGUUUGGCUCGAGAUGUCUCAAGUAUAGGUGAAAUUGAUGAAAUCAUCUUAUUACCAAACAACUCAACACCAAAUUCCAAUACUCCAACAAAAAUAGAAGACACAAAUCCAAUCCAAAUAAAUCCUCAAGAAACCGAGACACCCAUCAACAAAAAACGCCCAACAAAGUUGCCAUUAACUCUACAACCUUCUUGCAAAGUGCAAAAAAUCCAAAAAGAUGAUAUAAAAGAAGGUGUGGUAAAUAAAAACACGGAUGAUAACAAGUUUAAUGCAAUAGAAAAAGCAGUUGAUGCACUUCAAGCAAUACCCGAUUUAGAUGAUGAACUUUUGUUGGAUGGUUGUGAUGUUCUUGAAAAUGAGAAAAAAGCAAAAACUUUUUUAGCAUUGGAUGCGUCUUUACGGAAGAAAUGGUUGUUGAGAAAGCUUGGGCGCUAACAAGAGUCUUUAACCUUUUUUUUGGGACCAUUUUUGUCAAAUUUUUAGUUUUACAAGUCACUUUUUGAUUUGAUUAAAAAAAAUCUUGGUUUCUUAAUUUUCAUCUAGUAGAAUGUUGGAACUCUUUAUGUUACGAUUUAAGACUCUAUGCUAUGUUCCUUAAGGGAUUGUGAAGGUAAUCCAAUCCAUUGACAAGCUCGAUGCAUAUCUUGAGACAUUAAAGCUACGUGACACUUGUGCAGACAAUGAUAUGUUUUGUACAAGUGUCACAUGGGCUUUUUAAUGGCUCCAGAUAUUCAUUGGGACUGUUGAUGGAUUGGAUUCUUUUCAUAAUCAUUUGAAGAAUAUAUCAAGGAGUUUUGCAUGGUGACAAAAAGAGUUCCAACAUUCAUUGGAUGAGAAGUAGGAAGCUAGGCUUUUUUUCUUGUGAGAUUACAUUAUAUAAUACUUGUAAGCCAUUAUCUUCUCAUCAAUUUAUCGUCAUAGAAAAACAUACCAAUGAGUUUUUGUUGAUA